GAAUAGGAAACCUAUCUUCUUUUCAUGACAUAGUGCAAUGACUAAGAACUGUUCAUUAGAGUUCCAACACCCAAUUCUUAAUACCCUUUCUCAUGUUAACCAGGGUUUUCUAAAUCCAUUAUGAAAAUUGUCCUCUGUAAUUCAUUAUCAAUUCAAAUUCUUUGGUUGCUAAUACAUCUUUCUUUCCUUUUAUGCUCAGUUGCUGCAACCAACUUAACCCUCAACCUCCCCAUUGUUGAUCCAGAAACUAUUGUCUCUAACAAUGGGAUCUUCAAAUUGGGAUUCUUCAGCCUCAACAGUUCAACGGAUCGAUAUCUUGGAGUUUGGUAUAACAAAAUCCCCAAGUUGACAGUGAUAUGGGUAGCCAACAGAGGAGAGCCUAUCAAGGACUCUUUGGGAUCAGUCACCAUAUCCGAAGAUGGCAAUCUUGUAGUCUUGAAUGGACAAAAACAACUUAUCUGGUCAUCAAACUUUACAACUUCCACAACAAACACAACUUCUCUGCUUUUAGAUACUGGCAACCUUAUCAUGCAAGAUGUUUCAAGUGGAAGAAUAUUGUGGGAGAGUUUUCAUUAUCCGUCUCUUUCAUUUGUCCAGACGAUGAGAUUGAGUUAUGAUCUGAACACAGGUGACAAGACCACUGUUGCAUCAUGGACUAGUCCAUCAGAUCCAUCCAUUGGAGAAUUCUCUCUAGGAAUUGAUUUCCGGAGACUGUCUGAAAUCGUUAUAUGGAAAGGUACUCGACCACACUGGCGAAGCGGUCCCUGGGAUGGGCAGGCUUUUGUUGGUAUAGAGUCCAUGUUAUCCUACUUUCAAAAUUCAAUAGGCUUAGUUGAUGACAGGCAAGGAUCUACAUACUUGACCUUCAGCUACACGUUGGAAGAUGUUCUCAUGUACUUCCAAUUGACUUCGGAAGGUGCGGUGGAGCGGAGGGUUUGGUAUGAGGGGUUGCAGGACUCGGUAGUUGGUUGGUUUGCACCUAACAAUAGCUGCGAUUUCUACGGAAAGUGUGGUCCGUUUGGAAUUUGUGACAAAAAAGCCUCUCCAAUUUGUUCAUGUUUGGCUGGUUUUGUGCCAAUACAUGCAGAAGAAUGGGAUAAUGGUAAUUUCACAUCUGGAUGUGUUAGACAGGAACCUUUGCAGUGUGGAACAAAUAACAGUAAAGAAGAUGGUUUUUUGAUGCUGAAGACGAUGAAAGCUCCAGAUUUCACAGAGUGGGUGCCGGUUGUAGCAGAAGCCAGUUGCCCUGACUAUUGCCUAAACAACUGUUCUUGUUUAGCACAUGCAUAUCAUGAUGGCAUUGGUUGCAUGAUAUGGGCAGGAAACAAGUUGAUUGAUAUGCAGAAAUUUGAUGCUGCCGGAAUAGAUGUUUAUGUUCGUGUGCCACAUUCAGUGCUGGAUAAAAAGAGAGACAAUAAAGUAGUUCCAGUAGUUUUGUUGAGCGUAGGACUAGCGACGGUUGCUGUCCUUGGUUGCUUUUCUUGGGUCUGGUUUGUAAAGAAACGAGGAAUGAAGAAAACAAAUGGGAUUCUGUUACACCCUCUUCAUUCAAGUGAUAACAUUUCGGAGGAUAAACUUGAGGAGCUACCGCAGUUCAAGUUUCCAAUAUUGCUCGCUGCAACUGACAGCUUUCGAGAAGCCAAUAAGAUUGGGCAGGGCGGUUUUGGUCCUGUUUUCAAGGGGAAACUAGAAAAUGGACAAGAAAUAGCGGUGAAGAGGCUCUCCAGUAACUCUGGACAAGGACAGGAAGAGUUUCUCAAUGAGGUUAAGUUGAUUUCGAAGCUUCAACAUCGUAAUCUUGUUCGUCUAGUUGGGUGCUGUGUGGAACGUGAAGAAAAGAUGUUGGUCUAUGAAUACUUGUCAAAUAAAAGCUUAGAUGGCUUCCUCUUUGAUUCUCAAAACCAAGAGUUGUCUGAUUGGAAGAGACGGAUGAAUAUCAUUGAAGGAAUUGGCAGGGGGCUUCAAUACCUUCAUAGAGAUUCUAGGUUAAGGAUCAUUCAUAGAGAUCUAAAGGCCAGCAAUAUUUUACUAGACGAUGAUCUGAACCCAAAAAUAUCAGAUUUUGGCAUGGCGAGGAUAUUUGGAUACAGCGAGCAUCAAGCCAACACCCAAAGGGUUGUUGGAACAUAUGGUUAUAUGGCUCCAGAAUAUGCAAUGGAAGGGAGAUUUUCAGAGAAGUCAGAUGUUUUCAGCUUUGGCAUAUUGUUAUUAGAGAUUGUAAGUGGAAGAAGGAACACAAGCUUCUACAAUGACAUGCAGUAUUUAAGCCUACUGAGUUUGGCAUGGAAUUUAUGGAGUGCAGGCGAUGUGGGGAGCUUAAUUGAUAGAAAAAUACCGCAGGAGGGGUUUGUGAUGGAAAUAUUUAGAUGUAUACAUGUGGGGUUGUUAUGCGUGCAGGAAUUUGCAGAUGACAGGCCUUCAGUUUCCUUGGCUCUUUCUAUGUUGAGCAGCGAAAUGACGAACCUUCCUCAGCCAAAUCAGCCGCCGUUUUCUCAAAAGCAUAACCCAUCUUCUCAUAGAAUCUCGCCUUUGAAGACGGGAUCAUCUAAUGAGGAUGAAGAAAGAUGUUCUGUGAAUCAGGUAACUAUUACUAUGAUGAAUGGAAGAUAGGAUAUAUGAGUUUUAUAAUUUGUGUGAAAAAAAUGUUCAUCUUCCUUAGUGUUUGCUGGUAUAUAUAAUAGGUUCCUACUA